AUUUGGCGAAUGUUAUACUUUCAUCACUGCAGCCCUGUUGUUUGUUCUUCAGAACUUACGACUAGACUUGUGAAAGGUCACCCACACGGUGUCCACAGCGACGGCGACCCUUAAGAGGACAAUGGCUCUUUAUUCACCAGAACGGACUCUCCCCUGUAUUCGAGUUUAAUGAAAAGCAGACCGGUGGCCAUUGAAAGUCUGUCAAUUCACUCCGCGUCCGAGUCCUUCUAUCCAUUUUAGCUCCCAUUGGAGGCAUUAUCCUUCCUUCUCCCUUUUCUUUCUCUGUUGCUGGUCAUCUUCUGCCUUUGUAGUAUCUGAAUAUCUUUUCUAGUGAUUGCUGGUAUAACCUUGCCCGCAAUGCUACCAGCUAAAGCAUAUAUCUUCAUCAGUCUCAACACUGUCCGCACUCUUAGCAUAGUCGCCCUUCUUUUAGUUUUCUCCAGCAGCAUCCUGGUGAUGGUUGAUGACAUCGAGGCAGUUAAUGUGUUUUCCAAUGGCGGGAGCAACUCCACAAUCAACUAUGCCUACAUCCCAAACAGUACAGUUCCUAAUCAGCCAGCGGGCGUGUUUUGGGCGGUAUUGAAUCGGCUGUUGAUCAUUGCCCAAACCGUCGUUUUGAUUCUUUCAGAACUAGGCUGGCCCGCCGCAUUCUUUGAUCACUACUUCCCCGUUCUCGGGAGCAACUUUGGAGUAGGUGCUCUGGGAGUGAUGCAAUGCCUAAUCGGAGCCUCUGUUCUUUCUCACUUCGUCAAAGUUUUCCCCCUCGUCUCUGCUUUCUUCCUCUUUUCCGUUGGCUGUCUCAACAUUCUAAUCGGCCUUAUCUUCCGAGAACACGUCAAGUCCACGCGUUCCAUAUUGUCUUUCAGGGACCGAGCAGAGGACGUAUUGUCAUCACUCGAUAACACUAAAGAGACAGCGUUCAGCAGAUAUAGGAUGGAUCGAGACGCAGAAAAGGGCCUGAGCGUCAAAGAACCUGAUGUUGCGCACACUUCCACUUAGAUGUGUUGUCGGCGCUAUCACCCCUGCCCAAUUCCUGCCAUUGUGUUAUAUAGGUGAUCGAGUGUCCAAUGUGCUCUUGGGUAUUUACUGAGUAUGUAGUCUUUCUAUCUAUGUAUACGGCUUGCACUGAACUGUAAAUCUAUGCAACAUUAUCUACUCUACUGUCAUUACACACCUUGUAUUUUCUAGCACUUUCUCAAUUUUAACUGAUCUGGGCAUGGCACACGAC